GCCUCGAGCAGCCGGCGCCGUCUCUGCCCCUGGGCGCCCUAUGGCUUGAAGAGCCUGGCUACCCAGUGGCCCCACUGCUCCCAUGGAUCCGCUGAACCUGUCCUGGUACGAUGACGAUCUGGAGAGCCGGAACUGGAGCCGGCCCUUCAACGGGUCCGAAGGGAAAGCCGACAGGCCCGACUACAACUACUACGCCAUGCUGCUUACCCUCCUCAUCUUCGUCAUCGUCUUUGGCAACGUGCUGGUGUGCAUGGCCGUGUCCCGCGAGAAGGCGCUGCAGACCACCACCAACUACCUGAUCGUCAGCCUCGCUGUGGCCGACCUCCUGGUGGCCACGCUCGUCAUGCCCUGGGUGGUCUACCUGGAGGUGGUGGGCGAGUGGAAAUUCAGCAGGAUUCACUGUGACAUCUUUGUCACUCUGGACGUCAUGAUGUGCACAGCAAGCAUCCUGAACCUGUGUGCCAUCAGCAUCGACAGGUACACAGCCGUGGCCAUGCCCAUGCUCUACAACACGCGCUACAGCUCCAAGCGCCGAGUCACCGUCAUGAUCUCCAUCGUCUGGGUCCUGUCCUUCACCAUCUCCUGCCCUCUGCUCUUCGGACUCAACAACACAGACCAGAACGAAUGCAUCAUCGCCAACCCCGCCUUCGUGGUCUACUCCUCCAUCGUCUCCUUCUACGUGCCCUUCCUCGUUACCCUGCUGGUCUACAUCAAGAUCUACAUCGUCCUCCGAAGGCGGCGCAAGCGGGUCAACACUAAGCGCAGCAGCCGGGCUUUCAGGGCCAACCUGAAGGCCCCGCUCAAGGGCAACUGCACUCACCCUGAGGACAUGAAACUCUGCACCGUUAUCAUGAAGUCUAAUGGGAGUUUCCCUGUGAACAGGCGGAGAGUGGAGGCUGCCCGCCGAGCCCAGGAACUGGAAAUGGAGAUGCUCUCCAGCACCAGCCCGCCCGAGAGGACCCGGUACAGCCCCAUCGCGCCCAGCCACCACCAGCUGACCCUCCCCAACGCAUCCCACCACGGCCUCCACAGCACACCUGACAGCCCUGCCAAACCACAGAAGAACGGACAUGCCAAAGACCACCCCAAGAUUGCCAAGAUCUUUGAGAUCCAGUCCAUGCCCAAUGGCAAAACCCGGACCUCUCUCAAGACCAUGAGCCGCAGGAAGCUCUCCCAGCAGAAGGAGAAGAAAGCCACCCAGAUGCUCGCCAUUGUUCUCGGCGUGUUCAUCAUCUGCUGGCUGCCCUUCUUCAUCACCCAUAUCCUGAACAUACACUGUGAUUGCAACAUCCCGCCCGUCCUGUACAGCGCCUUCACGUGGCUGGGCUAUGUCAACAGCGCCGUGAACCCCAUCAUCUACACCACCUUCAACAUUGAGUUCCGCAAGGCCUUCCUGAAGAUCCUACACUGCUGACCCUGCUGCCCACCUGCACAGCAGCCUGCUU